UCUUUUUAGUUUAUACAUUUCUGCUAAUAAGAUUACUGUAUUAAACCUAUAUGACUGUUUUGCAAGCUGUUUUGAUGCAGCAUGCUCUCCUGACUUUUCAAGUUCGGUUAUGUGCCAUGCAUGUAUUCCAGCUUCUCUUACAGCAGGUGAGGGUCUUGCCAUUCAGCCAAAGACUGGAGCCAGCAGAGCAGCUGUAGAAGCAGCGUACGAAGGAGACCAAUGUCCUGGGGAGGGUACUUGGAAAAACAAACAGGGCAAACCCACUGACUCUCUUCCUGGAUGGUCAGACAAUCAUCAGAUAAUAAUCAGAUGUCAUGAAGGAUUUCAACUGAAUAAAUAAAGCUGAAGGAUUGAAAGGUUUUCCAAAGAGAGGUGUGCUGAUUAGAUAAGAUGUCAUGGUCUUCUCCCGUCGAUGUAGGAAGAUAGCAGAUAUGAUCGCCUGAGAAAGCAGAGCUACCCAGUGCAAGCAUGGCUUUCGCCCAGUCACACAUUAUGGCAGCUAGAAGGCAUCAGCACAGUAGACUCAUAAUUGAAGUGGAUGAGUACAGCUCCAACCCCACACAGGCUUUCACGUUCUACAACAUUAACCAGGGACGUUUUCAGCCCCCACAUGUGCAAAUGGUUGAUCCGGUGCCCCAUGAUGCUCCCAAACCUCCAGGGUAUACUCGAUUUGUCUGCAUUUCUGAUACUCACUCGAGAACUGAUCCCAUCCAAAUGCCAUAUGGAGAUGUGUUAAUACAUGCUGGUGAUUUCACUGAGCUGGGACUUCCUAGUGAAGUAAAAAAAUUCAACGAGUGGCUAGGUAGCCUGCCCUAUGAAUACAAGAUUGUGAUAGCAGGAAAUCAUGAAUUGACCUUUGACCAGGAAUUCAUGGCUGACUUAAUCAAGCAGGACUUUUACUAUUUCCCCUCUGUUUCUAAGCUGAAGCCAGAGAGCUAUGAAAAUGUACAGUCUCUUCUAACAAACUGCAUCUAUCUUCAAGACUCUGAAGUGACCGUGAGGGGAUUCAGAAUAUAUGGCUCCCCUUGGCAACCUUGGUUUUAUGGCUGGGGCUUUAAUCUUCCACGAGGCCAAGCAUUAUUAGAGAAGUGGAACCUUAUUCCAGAUGGGAUAGAUAUUCUUAUAACACAUGGACCACCUCUCGGUUUUCUAGACUGGGUACCUAAGAAAAUGCAACGGGUAGGAUGUGUAGAGCUGCUGAACACAGUCCAGAGACGAAUACAGCCAAGGCUUCAUGUGUUUGGACAUAUCCACGAAGGUUAUGGUGUCAUGGCUGAUGGAACUACUACCUACGUGAAUGCUUCUGUGUGCACUGUGAAUUACCAACCACUAAAUCCACCUAUAAUUAUUGACUUACCUACUCCGAGGAAUACAUGAUUAUAAUAAAGGAUUUCAUGUUGUGCCCAACACAUUAGCAACUUUAUAUUGCUGGCUGAGAAUCCCAAUAGGGAACUGUUCAACAAGAAAAGUCCUUCUUCUCUUUUUCCUGCUAGCUCUUCACAGAUAAAUCUGAGUGACAAAAACGGAUGAUGAACAAAGACUUUUUGGUGCCAGAAACAGAUUAAAGACAUAUCACCAUUAAAAUGUUUGUGAACACAGAAAAGUGAAUGCAUUCCACAUCUUCCACAUCUAUAUAUACAUAUACAUCUCUCUCUUUCUCAAGUAGAGACUUUUGUAUAUACCGUACAUUAUAUUGGACUAACUAAAAGAACAGUGUCUUUCAGGGGAAUGUUUCUUCAAGAAAGUUUGCAGUUUAAACAGAGUUUAGACUAGGAUUUUCUCAUUUCAGAUGUUUCCCACUGAGCUCUUGAUAAAAGUGAUGUUAAAGAUGUUUUCCCUUAACACAGGAUACACAAAAGAUGCUUCAUAAAUGACCAGCCACAAGAGGAAAGCUAUUAUUUCAAGCCUUCCAGGUCUUGAGUCCUUGCAUCUAUUCAAAACCAAUGCAAUAGAGGUCUUAAUUCACUGUACUGAAAUGAAGUUUGCUACAUCUGACAUUAAGGGAAAGGAUGCAUAUUGCCAGCAUGUUCUAAACAGCUCAAAAUCUAAGAAGGGAGAAGGGAGACUGUGUUAAGUGCAGUAUAAACUCAGGAAUUUGAGAGCUGGUUUCGCCUGUGGGGGAAAAAAAAAAAAAAAAAAAAAA